AAACAUCACCAAUGUACCUGCGAAGUUUAUAUUCUUACGACGUUGAAGAUGUGACAAGAGAGGAUAAAGGAACUAAUGGAGAAUCCUCUAGAAGCGACAUCGAUGGAGACCAACUAAAGAUUGUUGAUGUAACACACACUCAUCUGCUGGAACGUUUUGGUGACACAGAGGACGUUUUCGACACAUCUUGCUCGGUGUGUAGACAUAAGCUAGACAUUCGGGCAUAUAGAUGCGCGUUUCACGUGUCACGCAAAUGUGAAUUCAUGGCACAUGAAGCAUGCGCGAAACUUGGACAACAAUCAACACGACGGUUUCAUAGGAGCCACCCUCUCACGCUCUUGCCAGUGCCUCCGGCCGAGAACAUUGAAUGCGAUAUCUGCAAAAGAGCUUUCGAGGGUUUCAAUCUGUUCUGUCGCACAUGCGGUUACGUCAUCUGUCUGAGAUGCGCGAGAGGAGAUACAAGGUUGGUGCAAAAAGUGGCAAGAGGGAAGAAAAGGUGUAUGGCUGUUUUACAUUUCAUAGAAAUGGGAGAGUUUUCUCUCUACAUACACAUCUAUUUAUACACAUAAAAGAGACAAUAGAGUAUGA